AUGGCAAGCUUGACCUUUGCUGUUGGCAUUAUUGGCAAUGUGUUAUCCCUCCUGGUUUUUGCCUCUCCCAUCAAGACGUUUUGUCAAGUGGUGAAGAAGAAAUCAACAGGGAAUUACAAGGGAGCUCCAUAUAUAACCACGUUCUUGUGCACAAGUUUGUGGACAUUCUAUGGAAUUCUAAAGCCAGACGGUUUACUUAUCGUCACGGUCAAUGGUGCUGGAUCUAUCUUUCAUUGUGUCUACAUACUUCUGUACCUCAUAUAUUCACCUCAAGAUUUGAAGCUUAAGACGGCACAGUUGGUGGCUGUAUUGGAUGUGGGUUUUCUCGGAACAGUCAUCUCAGUAACUCUUUUUGCUCUUCAUAGUAGAGUCCAGCUUACUUUUCUAGGAAUGCUAUGCUCCGGAUUAACUAUUAUCAUGUAUGCCUCGCCACUGUUAGCCAUGAAAACAGUGAUAAAGACGAAAAGCGUGGAAUACAUGCCGUUUCUGCUGUCAUUUUUCAUGUUUUGGAAUGCUGGCGUAUGGGCAUUGUACUCCCUGCUCGUCAAAGAUUUCUUCAUUGGAAUAGCAAAUUUGAUUGGGCUGAUAUUGGGCUCAGCCCAGCUCAUAGUUUAUGUGGUGUACAAGAAGUCAGAAUCUGCAAUAGAGCCAACAGUGCUGAAUCGCCAACACACGGUUCAAAAGGUCCCCAAGACGCUCUCUUUUGGGACAAACAAUUUACCCUCAACUUCUUGGACUACUAAGCCUGAGGAGGAUGAUAUUGACGUUUAA